UCCACCCAUGAAACUCUUCCUCCUGCACAAAAAUUGCCUAACAGAGAUGGGGAGAGGCAGAAAUAAGAGAGAACAGAGAGAAAUCAUGUUAUGCCAAGGUUUUCUAAUGGAGUGGUUAAGAGUCUGGAUUGUGGAGCCAGACCACCUGGCUGUGAAUCUAGGCACAGCUACUGACUACUUUUGACUUGAGGUAAGUCACUUCACCUCUCUGAUUAUCAGUGCAUUCACUCGUAAAUAUUACAAAAGCCCACCUUAUGAAGUUGUGGUGAGAAUUAAAUGCGUUACUGCCCUUAAAGCGUUCAAAGCAGUGCUGUUGUCAGGUCCUGGUGGUUUGACUGGGGCCAGCCGAAGGUCCUGGGAUGUCAGUGUCAUGCUUAGCAUGGGGUGAGAUAGAUAUUGCUGGAUUGCUCUAGAAAUCCAGAAAUAUUACUCAGAAAUAUUACUCAGAAAUAUUUAAGUACGUGAAUUAAAAAUUAAGAGUAACCUGUAUAAACUGCACUGCUGGUAUGGUAGCCGCUAGCCACAUGUGGCUAGUUUUACAUUCAAAUUAAUGAAAAUUGAAUAAAAGUUAAAACGCAGUUCCUCAGUCACAUUUGCCACAUUUUAAACGCCCCGUAUCCACAUAUGCUGGUGACUACCGUAGCUCACCUCUUCCCUAGCUCAAGCCUUCCAAGGCUUCCACCCACUGACAAUGAAAUCCGUCAUUGUCCUCCCGACCUGCCAAGCGCCCCAGGAUCUGGCCCUGUCGGCUUCUCCUACCUCAUCCUGUCCUCUCGCUGUCACUCCUGGGCUCCGGCCGCUCUGGCCUGGAUAGCCAGAGUGAUUAGCACAGUGAUGAAAAGCCUGCACUCUGUAGCUACAUCAGCUCUCCCACUGACUUGCUGUGUGACCAUGAGAAAGUUUCUUAACUGGUCUGCACUUUGGAGGAUGAUGCUAAUCCUCCAAACAUAUAACAUAUGUUAUAUGUUACAGGGCUGUUGUAAGAAUUAAAUGAGCAAAUACACGGAAAGCUCUUAAAACAACAGGACCUGGCACUUAGUAAGUGCCAAGUAAGUAGCUAUUCAUAUUAAUAGUUAUUGUUCAAACAUACUUGCUUCAGGGCCUUUGUUCUUGCUAUGCCUCCUGUCUAGAAUGUUCUUCUCCCAGAUUUUACAUGGCUUUGACCCUCACUUCAUUCAGAUCUCUGCUCAAAUUUCCCCUCUUCAGAGAGGCCUUAGCUAACUACCCUAUUUAAAACAGAACUCCUCCAUCACUUUCAAUCCCGUUUCCCUGCUUUUUUUUUUAAAUGAUACCCAUCACCACCUGAAGUUACAUAUUUAUUUGUUUCUCAUCUGCCUUCUUCUACUAGAAUGUCAGGUCCUUGACAACACCACUGAAUAGCCAGCCCUCAGAAUACUGCCUGGUGUGUUGUAGAUGUCAGAUAAAUACGUUUUUGAAUGAUUGGAUGGAUGGAUGGACAAAUGAAUAGGUGGAUGGAUGGAGUAGCUGGGUGGAUAGAUGGAGGGGUUGACAGAUGGAGAAGAGGUUGGAUGGACAGGUGCCCUGGCAAGGAACCAUUCUGAACUCGACUACUCUCACUUUUGUUUUUCAGGCUACCCCCCACCCCGUCUGCCCCUGUGUGCCUCUGUGUCUUUGCUGGGUGGCUUGACCUUUGGUUAUGAACUGGCAGUCAUUUCAGGUGCCCUGCUACCACUGCAGCUUGAUUUUGAGCUAAGCUGCUUGGAGCAGGAGUUCCUGGUGGGCAGCCUGCUCCUGGGGGCUCUCCUCGCCUCCCUCGUAGGGGGCUUCCUCAUUGACCGUUGUGGCAGGAAACAAGCCAUCCUUGGGAGCAACGUGGUGCUGUUGGCGGGCAGCCUGAGCCUGGGUCUGGCCGGUUCUCUGGCCUGGCUGGUCCUGGGCCGCUCAGCAUCUGGCUUCGCCAUCUCCCUCUCAUCCAUGGCCUGUUGUAUCUACGUGUCCGAGCUGGUGGGGCCACGGCAGCGGGGAGUGCUGGUGUCCCUCUACGAGGCUGGCAUCACCCUCGGCAUCCUGCUCUCCUACGCACUCAACUACGCACUAGCCAGUGCCCCCUGGGGAUGGAGGCAUAUGUUGGGCUGGGCCGCUGCACCUGCUCUGCUGCAAUCCCUCAGCCUCCUCUUUCUUCCUGCUGGUGCCGAGGAGACUGCAGCCGACAAAGACCUCAUCCCCCUCCAGGGAGGGGAGGCCCCCAAGUCGGGCCUGGGGAAGCCAAGAUACUCCUUUCUGGACCUCUUCAGGGCACGGGAUAACAUGCGAGGCCGGACCACAGUGGGGUUGGGGCUGGUGCUUUUCCAGCAGCUAACAGGACAGCCCAAUGUGCUGUGCUACGCGUCCACCAUCUUCCACUCGGUCGGCUUCCGCGGGGAAUCCUCAGCUAUGCUGGCCUCUGUGGGGCUUGGCGCAGUGAAGGUGGCCGCUACCCUGACUGCCAUGGGGCUAGUGGACCGAGCGGGCCGUAGGGCCCUGUUACUCGCUGGCUGUGCCCUCAUGGCCCUGUCGGUCAGCGGUAUAGGCCUUGUCAGCUUUGCUGUGCCCAUGGACUCAGGCCCAAGUUGCCUGGCCAUGCCCAAUGCCACCAAGCUGUCUGGCCUCCCUGGAGACUCUGACCUGCCAAUCGGCUUAUCUCCACCUCCAUUGUCAACAACCAGCGAGAACCAAGGGGAGCCGGUCUUGUCAACAUCUACGAAAACCAAGCCUCGUCCCGGAGCUGGGGAUCCCACGGCCCUGCCCCUGCCAGCCCUGAGCACGGCCUCCUCUGCACCCCCUUCGGCCCCAGAGCAUGCCCUGCUGCACUGGACAGCAUUGGUCUGUAUGAUGGUCUUUGUGAGUGCCUUCUCCUUUGGAUUUGGACCAGUGACCUGGCUUGUUCUCAGCGAGAUCUACCCCGUGGAGAUCCGAGGGAGGGCCUUCGCCUUCUGCAACAGCUUCAACUGGGCCGCCAAUCUCUUCAUCAGCCUCUCCUUCCUCGACCUCAUCGGCACCAUCGGCUUGGCCUGGACCUUCCUGCUGUAUGGGCUGACCGCUGUCCUCGGCCUGGGCUUCAUCUAUUUAUUUGUCCCUGAAACCAAGGGCCAGUCAUUGGCAGAGAUAGACCAGCAAUUCCAGAGGAGACGGUUCACCCUGGGCUUUGGCCACAGGCAGAGCACUUCUGGUGUCCAGUACAGCCGCAUCAAGGAGUCCUCCUGAGGAGUCCAUCUGCCUGGAAUAUUCUGGAACCAUGGCGUUAGCAGAUGGUGUUUAGCAUCCUGCUUGCCUGGGCCCCAGAGCACAAGUUCCAGGUGGUCCUUUGAGACUUGCCUCUGCCCCAGAGGAGGUCUUUUGUGCUGGGGUGAAAGGGAUGAAAGUCUGAGAACCUAAACGUCUUCAUUUUGAGUCUCAGGCUCAGAGGGUUUCUAAGGAUCUGCCUUCUUGCCUCAGUUUCCCCAUUGACUGCACAUCUCUGCAGUUCUUAGAGAAUCUCAUAUGGAGUUUCCACUGCUCCCUAGACUUUCUCAAAGAAUCUGUGGGGUACCAAUCCUGGCAGGAAGUCUCUCCUGGUAUCAUCCAUAAAUCCAGCUGAAGAUACCGUAUUCUCUGCUCUCUUUGUCUAUCUGGCCGGGACUUUUCAGCAAGGGGGAAGCCUGCUUUUUGGCUCUCAGGUCUCAUGCUCUUACCCAGAAUAUUUAUCAUGCACCAGCAACUCAGCCUGGUUGACAGGAGGCUUGAGUUCUAAUCCUGAUUCUGCUGGUGUCAUGGCUGUAUGACUAUGGGCCUCAGUUUCCCUCAUAUGCGCGUGGGGGACCUGGACCACCUUGUUCUUAGGAUCCCUUCUGACACCAGUGAGUUGGGAUUCUAAAUGCUGGUAAUACAGUAAAUGUUCAGCAUGAGCCCUGCUCUCAAGUCAUUAGUCAUCUGUCAGAGAGAUGUAAGUUUUAGUAGGGGAAAGGUGAAUGGAAAUCCAGAACUGUGUGCACUACAAUCCAAGAGCCAUCCCGGUGCAUGUAGUGAGCUCCAGGAGCUGGGUUUGGAGGCUGACACACCUGGCUGUCAGUGCUGCCUUUGUCUCUUGGCAGGAGUUGACCUUGACUAAGUAACAACUCCCUCAAGCCUCAGUUUCUGCAUCUGCAGAAUGGGGGUGAUUAUGUCCCUGGGGGUAUAUUUAACUCUGUCUCCCUUCAGGAGGGUCUGCAGCUGGUCCCACUCAGCUAGUCGGGGCAUGAGGAGGUUCAGUUCACCUCAGUACCCAGUCCCCUCCCUUGGGGACAUUGUAAAGGACCAUCCCCCAACAGCUGAGACAGAUGGAGACUGAGAAGGUAAGCUCAGGCCAGGGGUCACUAAAGGAAAGGACUGGAAAGAAGGAGUUCCUGGAUGCUGAGAGUGAAGAGCUCGAGCGGGUCCAGGGUGCUGGCAUCAGACAAGGCUUUGUCACCCGCGUCUGUGCACCUGGGUGUUGACGCAGCCCCCACAGGACCGUGGUCCCUCAACUUCUCUCCUCGCAUUUGGAGGUACAGAUGCUCCUGGACUUAUGACGGGGUUACGUCCCAAUAAACCCAUCGUAAAGUCAAAAAUGCAUUUAAUCCAUCUCACCAAGUGAACACCACAACUUAGCCUAGCCUACCUGAAACGUGCUCAGUACUCCUUCAGUAAUUAGCCGACAGUUGGGCACAAUUGUCCAAAAUACGAAUAUACUGUACAGUAUUGGUUUUACCCUUGGGAUCGAGUGGCUGACGGGGAGCUCCAGCUCAGCAUCACGAGAGUACCGUACUGCAUAUCACCAGCCCCAGAAAAGAUCAAAAUUCAAAGUACAUUUCUACUGACUGAAUGCAUAUUGUUUUCACACCAUCGUGAAGUCAAAACAUCAUAAGUUGAACUAUCGUAAGUAGGGGAACAUCUGUGCGUCCCUUAUAUCCAGUGGUGUGCUGGAGCCGGCUUGUACUGGCUUGUGAGAGCUGAUUGUUAAAUUUUCAGGAUUUUUGCAAGCUGGUUGUUAAACAUAGACUCUAAAAAAAUUAAGGGACUUAAACUUAUAAUUAAAUAUAUUAAAAACAAAGAUAACAAAUACUAAAAUGUUAUCACUUCCUUAUUUUGCCACAUUUUACAAUCAUCUGUGCUCUUGAGAUUAUUUACAUCUGUUGUAUCUUUUGAGGGAUACAGGAGAGGUGAGCAUUUCCUCCCCAUUGGAUGUUCAAGGACGUCAUGUCAGUCGCUUGAAAGCAGCCUUAGGGAGUGUAUUUGCAUCACAGAGAUUAGGGAACAUUACAAAUCAGGGCUUGAUUUAUUGUCUUAUUGAUUUUCCAGUCUAAAGAACAUGAUGGAUAAAAUGUUAAUAAUGCAAAUUAAACUUAAAAGUAUGUCUGUCGUAUCUACGGCUGAUAUAUAUUGUAAGUGGCACAAAAAAAUUGAGAGCCUGUUGUUUUGAACACAGAUAUCAAGUUUAGCAAGCAAGCUGCUUAUGUCAUUGAUGAAGGAGGUCUGACAUACAUCUUCACUGUUUUACUUUCGUUUCACUCAUUAACAUAAACAGAAAUUUCAGCCAGCACUCAUGUCAGAACUACCCUUGUGAGUGACUUCUUGCUGAGUCGUAUUGUUAUCAAAUAUUUAUUCAUAAUCUAAUUUCAUCCUAUCAUGACUCAAUUGCGAUAAUAGUUGAUUUUGCAUACAAGACUUAGGCAAAAAAAAAACCCCAUUUUGUGAUAAUUAAUUGGCUAUAUGGAAUUUAUAAUAAAGAGUAUCUUCAAUAAAGUGUUUAUUGUUUGUAAAUUUGUAAAUUUUGUGCAACAAACACACACUUCAUCGCAGUAACAUUUACACACACACACACACACACACACACACACACCGUUUUUUUCCUGGAGAGCAGUUGUUAAACACUUAUCAUCACAUCACUGCUGAAAUCUGUCUUUGUGUCCCCUUCAGAUCCAGUUCUUUCUCUCGGGACCCCAAGAGAUGUCAACAAAUGUUUUAAUAAAAUUUUAAUAGGUAGAGCUAAAUAUAUUAAA